AGGAUAAAUAAAACUGCUGAUUCUCCAGAAACCUAGGAGGGGUCACCAUGGAGACUUUUUCCUCCUCAAGGCGGGAGGAAAGAGCCCUGCGUUCUCAAGCCUCAGCCCUUUCCCAAGAUGCGGAAGACAAAACCAAGUUUCAGGAGCCACUGACCUUCAAGGACGUGGCUGUGACCUUCACGGAGGAGGAGCUGGGGCUGGACUCCACCCGGAGGAAGCUGUACCAAGACGUGAUGCUGGAGAACUUCCGGAACCUGCUCUCUGUGGGGCAACAACUUUUCAAGCCUGAUAAGCUGUCCCAUUUGGAACAAGGCAAAGAGACUUGGGUGACAGAGAAACUCCAAGAGAGGCACAUCCAGGAGACAAGGAUGAAAAGGACAUGGAGUAUAUUCAAGAAAAGGGUGGCUGGUGAAUUAACUCAGAAUCAAGACCAUAGAGUAAAUCUUCAAGGGAUGGAUUUCCAGUUCUCAGAAGAUGCUUCUCUCUGUCAAGCGGGGAAAGGAGCAUCUACUCAGGGUUCUCACAUGGAAAAUUUGGUAGACAGUCUUCAAGGGGAUGGGUCCAGCAAUUUAGAAAAUCAAGAGUUUCCAGCCUGCAAAGCUGUGACACCUGUCUCCAUUCAAGAAUCUUGGAUAAAAGCCUUUGUGAAUGAGCCAUGGAAUGUUCAGGAAAGGUGUAAAAAAGUCGACAUGGAAAAUACAAUAUAUAAAUGUGACUGGGGUGAUUAUGGCUUCAGGAUAUCAUGUGGUCAUGAUGACCACAGAAAACCUGAAAGAGGGAAACCACGUAACUGUGAUAAAUGUAGAGAAAACUGCAUUAAAAAGUCAGUACUUCAACACUCUAACUCCGGAGAGAACGGCUUUAAAAGAAAUGAACGUGGAAAUGGCCUCAGGGAUGACUCAAACCUUCCCACUCAGCCAAGGGUGCCCUUGAAAGAGAAACCCUAUAAAUAUCAAGAGUUUGCUAAGAGCUUGAGGCCAGGUGGGCGGCAAGGCCUUCGGGCGAAGCUCCAACCUGCUUGUCCAUCACCGGGUCCCCACUGGGAGAAACCGUAUAAAUGCAGCAAGUGCAGGAAAGGCUUCAGCUACAGCUCGGUGCUUCAGGUCCAUCAGAGGCUGCACACGGGGGAGAAGCCCUACACAUGCAGCGAGCGUGGCAGAGGAUUCUAUGCUAAGUCCACCUUACGUGAGCAUCAGCAUGUCCACCUGGGGGAGAAGCCCCAUAGCUGUGUCAAAUGCCGGAAGGGAUUCAGUUGUAGCUUGCAUCUCAGCAGUCAUCAGAAAACGCACCCAGGAGAGAAACCCUACCAGCGUGACCAGUGCGACAAGGGUUUCAGUCACAACUCGCACCUCCAGGCUCACCAGAGGGUUCACGCGGGUCAGCGCCUCUACGAGUGUGAUGUGUGUGGGAAGAGCUUCAGCUACAGCUCGGGGCUUCUCACACAUCAGAGACUGCGUACAAGAGAGAAGCCCUACAGAUGCGAGUGUGGGAAAGGCUUCAGCCGAAGCUCAGACCUCCAUGUCCAUCAGAGGGUCCACACGGGAGAGAAGCCCUACAGAUGCACCAAGUGUGGGAAAGGCUUCCAGCGGAAUUCAGACCUUCACAGUCACCAGAGGGUCCACACGGGGGAGAGGCCCUACAUCUAUGAUGUGUGUGGGAAGGGCUUCAUUUACAGCUCUGACCUCCUCAUCCUUCAGAGGGUCCACACAGGAGAGAAACCCUGUAAAUGCACCGAGUGCAGCAAAGGCUUCAGUUACAGCUCAGGACUUCUCAUCCACCACAGGGUCCACACGGACAAGAGACCAUACCGAUGCAAAGAGUGCGGAAAGGGCUUCAGAUGCACCUUGAACCUCCACAAACAUCAAUGAGUCCACACGGGCAAGAAGCCCUACACGUGUGAGUGGAGCAAGAAAUUCAGCUAUGGUUCCAACCUUCUCACCCACCAGACACUGCACAUGGGAGAGAAGCCCUACACUUGUUACGAAUGUGGAAAGGGCUUCCGGUACGGCUCAGGUCUCCUCAGUCAUAAGAGAGUGCACACUGGAGAGAAACCCUAUAGAUGUGAUGUGUGUGGGAAGGGCUACAGUCAGAGCUCACAUCUCCAAGGCCAUCAGAGGGUCCACACUAGCGAGAAGCCCUAUAAAUGCAAAGAGUGUGGGAAGGGCUUUGGUCGAAGCUCCUGUCUCCAUGUCCAUCAGAGGGUCCACACUGGAGAGAAGCCCUACAAGUGUGCAGAGUGUGGGAAAGGCUUCAGUUAUAGCUCAGGUCUGCGAAAUCACCAGAGGGCGCAUUUAAGUGAGGAACCUUACAAGGAGACCUGA